GCUUAAGCGCUCUCAGUGGUGCGCAACAACGCGUGUACUUCAUCACAUACGAAUUGUGCAGUGACUUUGUAUAUUCCCCGACUUGGGGAAGGAUACAGACAUUACGAUGAACGUCCACGGAUUUACGUUCGUGGCGUCCAUCAUUGCGUUGACGUCUUAUACAUCGGCGCAAUACUUUUCAAAUGAUCGAACUGGUCUCUAUGGACGAAGUGAUACUCUGGGGUAUAACGCUAACUACAGGCCACCUCAUUCUCCCCAACCCACCGCGUUGAACACAUAUUCAUCAGGAUCGCAAAGAAAUUACAUGCCAAAUAUUUCUCCAUACGCUGCUAGUCCGUAUAGAAGAAGUAGGCCACCCAAUACCAAUUUCGAUAUUUUCGAAGCACCGGGAAGCGCAUUGGGUCCGAAAAACGACACGGAACGAUGUAUCCCGAAAUGUUUUGCGGAAAAGGGCAGUCGGGGUCCUCCAGGUACUCAAGGUCGGCCAGGAGAAAAAGGGUUACGAGGUUACCAAGGAGGUGAAGGUAUUAUGGGACCGAAAGGAAGCAAAGGUGAACCUGGAUUGAUUGGGCCAAGAGGACCUCAAGGUGAACGAGGAAAAAGUGGUGUUCCGGGAUACCCGGGUGUACAUGGAAUACCUGGAGUAAUGGGUCCCCCUGGGGAACCAGGUAUUCCUGGAUUAGAUGGUUGUAAUGGCACGGAUGGAUAUCCUGGUGAAAAAGGAGACUCCGGUGUUCCUGGUCCUAGAGGAAUGCCUGGAUUCCCUGGCUCAAAGGGAGACAAAGGAGAAGCGGCUCAUUGUGAAAUAUCACUCAAGGGACAAAAAGGUGAACCUGGUCGUGAUGGAGUGCAUGGGUUAACUGGACCGCCUGGGCCAACGGGUCCUGAUGGAAGGCAAGGGCCUAUGGGGGACAAAGGCGAAAGAGGAUACCCUGGUAAUGCUGGCGCUAAAGGAAGCACUGGUAUUCCUGGAUUAGGUUAUAGUGGUGAUCCAGGUCAAAAAGGUGAAAAAGGUGAACCUGGACCAAGAGGAAUCUCCUAUGAAAAUCAAUCAUAUAAUACCACUCAAAUUAUAAAAGGAUCGCCUGGUGAAAAGGGAGAAAGAGGUCCACAAGGAGUACGAGGUCGUGAUGGACCGAAAGGUGAUACAGGUUACCCAGGCGACCAAGGACAAAAAGGAAGCUUUGGUGGAAAAGGCGAAAAAGGUUUACCAGGAUCACCUGGCCCUCGAGGUCGCGAUGGUUAUCCAGGCCCUCCAGGUCCCGCAGGGCAAAAAGGAGAUAGAGGUUCAGAUGGUAUCCCUGGAUUAUCUGGAAGGCCAGGUGCAAAAGGAGAACCAGGUAGAGAUGGCGACAAAGGCGAGUCUGGUUUGGUUGGUCCACCUGGACCAGGAUGCGGAAAAGGUACUCCAGGUCUACCGGGAGCUAUAGGACCUAUGGGAUACCCUGGUUUACCAGGACCAAAAGGUGAAGAUGGUAUUGAUGGUCCAAUGGGAGAAAAAGGUCCAAGUGGUCCCCCAGGUGGACAAGGUAUACCAGGAAGACCAGGACAUGAAGGACCACCUGGUGAAAAAGGAGAUAAAGGAGAAUCGGGAACAGUCGGAUUUCCUGGAAUGAUUGGUCAACCAGGUCUUCCGGGACUUAAAGGAUCUAUGGGAGAAAAGGGUGAACCAGGCCCAGCUGGCCUUUCAAUUAAAGGCGCAAAAGGAUUUGACGGUAUGCCAGGCCUAGAUGGAGAGAAGGGUCAAAAAGGUGAACGGGGAUUCGCAGGUUCACGAGGUGCUCCUGGAGAUAACACCGCUGGUAUUCCGGGUCCUACAGGGCCACCUGGAAAUAAAGGAGAUAAAGGAGAAGCUGGUCGACCUGGAGUUCCUGGUGCAUAUGGAUUGCAAGGUGAAAAGGGCGAUAUCGGUGGAAGAUGUCAAGCUUGUUUCCCAGGCAGAAAUGGAAGCAAAGGAGACAGAGGAAGAGACGGAAUUCCCGGACAACCAGGUGAAAGAGGUGUUCCAGGAACCCCGGGAAUCAAAGGAGAAGUUGGAGAAGAUGGAAUUUUGGGUCCAGUUGGAGUACCGGGUGAUCGUGGGUUAGAUGGUAUUAGCGGAGCACCAGGACCUCAAGGUCCUCCAGGACAAGAUGCGUUAAUUCCUCUUAGCUUAAUUAAAGGAGAAAAGGGCGAUAAAGGUGCACGAGGUGAUACUGGAAGGGAUGGUCCUAAAGGAGAUAUUGGUCCAACCGGAAUGCCAGGUAUACCAGGAUUGCAGGGAUUACCUGGUGAAAAAGGAGAACCGGGAUAUAGAGGUUUUCCUGGUAUUGACGGGCAAGAUGGGACACCUGGAUUUAAUGGAGAAAAAGGACAAAAGGGAGAAAGUUUAAAAGGAGAACCUGGUCCAAGAGGUUAUCCGGGUAGGAACGGCACAAAAGGUGACACUGGCCCUCAAGGAAUAAGAGGCGAUAAUUGUAACAUGGCUGAAAACAUCAUACUAUCAAAGAAAGGUGAACGUGGACCAACCGGCGAUAAGGGUGACACUGGCUUACAAGGAAUAAAUGGUGCACCAGGAGAAAAAGGAGACCGUGGAUUAACAGGUUUGCCAGGAGAACAGGGACCGCAUGGACUACCUGGUUCUGUAGGACCACGCGGUUUGCCUGGUCCUCGCGGAUAUAAAGGAGAACCUGGUCAAUUAGGAUUCCCAGGAGAUAAGGGAAUAUCCGGUGAAAGAGGAUGGCCCGGUGAUUCCGGACGAAAGGGAGAUAAAGGUGAAGCUGGUAUUCCAGGUAUAGGCCCCCAAGGACCUCAAGGACCGCCAGGAAUUUCCGGAGAAAAAGGAUUACGUGGCCCUCCUGGUAAACCAGGGCAACCUGGAUCGCCUGGUCUUCCAGGCCUGGAAGGCGAAAAAGGUGAUAUCGGAGUAGCUGGGUUAUCUGGACUUCCAGGCAGUUUAGGCGAAAAAGGAGAACCCGGUCCUAAAGGUCCAAUGGGUAUACCAGGUCCACCAGGACAACCUGGUCUUGACGGACCUAAAGGUGAACCAGGAUUGAAGGGAGAAACCGGUCGAGUAGGAAUGCCAGGGUUCCCAGGUAUGAAAGGAGCUGCUGGAAUUAAAGGAAAUGAAGGGCCUAAAGGCUUUCCGGGUAUGCGAGGACAACCAGGGACACCAGGUCAACCAGGGAUGGAUGGAAAACCGGGACUUACCGGGGAAAAAGGCGAAAGAGGUCUUCCUGGGCCAUUUGGAGUUCCAGGUCAACCAGGACCGCAAGGUGUGGUUGGUUUACCGGGUUCUAAGGGAGAUACAGGUCCAGUGGGUGUCCCUGGAGUACCAGGUCUAAUGGGUCCAGCAGGUGUGAAAGGAGAAAGAGGACUGGUUGGUAUAGAAGGUCUAAAAGGAGAACCAGGAGAUGUAUCGGAGAAAGGUCAAAAAGGUGAACCUGGAUUACCAGGUAUUCGAGGUCCUGAAGGAAAACCUGGAGGACAUGGCUUACAAGGUCCAAAGGGUGAUAAAGGAUUUCCAGGAAUCGGUACACCCGGUCCAAGAGGUCCGAAAGGAGAACCAGGCUUACCAGGACUUGAUGGAUUACCGGGGACUAAAGGAUUUAAAGGAGAAAUGGGACCUUUUGGUUUACCAGGACAUAAAGGUGAACGAGGAAAUCCGGGACAAAUGGGAUUACCUGGAAUGGAUGGUAGAGAUGGUUUACCUGGUGAAAAAGGAGAGCCAGGUCCAUACGGUAUUCAAGGACUAACUGGGGAGAAGGGCGAUGCUGGGCAUCCAGGUGCUUACGGAUUACAAGGACUGAAGGGAGAGAGGGGAUUCCCUGGUGAUAUAGGACCCAUAGGUUUAAUAGGAGAGAAAGGUGAUAUGGGUGAACGAGGUCCUCCAGGUCCAGCAAUAGCAGUAAAAGGAGAGAAAGGUGAACCUGGAAUGAACGGUUUACCCGGACUGAAAGGAAAUAAAGGAGAUCGGGGUCUAGAAGGCAUAAAUGGAGCGUCAGGAGAAAAAGGUGACAGAGGAAUGGAAGGUGAUCGAGGAGCUAUAGGAGCUAUUGGCUCAAGCGGUGAAAAAGGUGACAGAGGUCACACUGGAGCACCUGGAUCUCCUGGAUUAACAAUCAAAGGUGAAAAAGGUCUUCCUGGACUACCCGGAAAACAUGGUAGAAAUGGAAUUCCAGGACUGCAAGGAGAAAAAGGAGAGAAAGGUCUUGUUGGUUUAAUUGGUAUACCAGGAGAAAGAGGUUUUCCUGGUCCUAUUGGACCGUCUGGAGAGAAAGGAGAUAGAGGUUUCCAAGGAACACCAGGUCUUCCAGGUAGAGAUGGGCAACCAGGACUAACAGGACACAUAGGAGCUCCUGGAAUUCCGGGAGAUAAAGGAGAUCGUGGACCACCAGGACUGCUUGGCGCCCCUGGACAGAAAGGAGAUCGAGGUGACACCGGAUUAAUUGGUGCUGUUGGUAUUCGAGGAGAAAAGGGCGACCGAGGUUUUACUGGCCCACCUGGACUUGAAGGACCUGUAGGACCACGAGGCGAGAAGGGUUAUCCUGGACCUCCUGGACUACAAGGAUUAAUUGGGUUGAAAGGAGACAAAGGAGAACAAGGAGAACGAGGUUUGGAUGGAUUACCGGGACUCGAAGGUCGUAAAGGAGAUACAGGUCCACAAGGCCCACCUGGUCGCCCUGGAGAGCCGGGGUUGGAAGGUGAAAUUGGUCCUCAUGGAUUAAAGGGUGAUCAAGGACCACCUGGUAUUGAUGGAUACCCGGGUAGUGCAGGAAAUCCUGGAUCGAAAGGCGACAGAGGUUUGGACGGUUACCCGGGACAACAAGGAAAAGUUGGUCCUCCUGGACAACCUGGUUUCCCUGGUAAACCAUGUGAACAUGUACCGGAUUAUCUUACGGGUACAUUAGUGGUCAAACACAGUCAAUCAGAUAAAAUUCCACGAUGCGAGGACGGUCAUGUGAAACUUUGGGAAGGAUAUUCACUCUUAUUUGUUGAAGGCAACGAAAAAGCUCAUUCCCAAGAUCUAGGUCACGCGGGAUCUUGUGUCAAAAAAUUCUCAACUAUGCCAUUCCUAUUUUGCGAUUUCUCUAAUGUUUGUUAUUACGCCAGUCGAAAUGAUCGAUCGUAUUGGUUAUCAACUAAUACGCCUAUUCCAAUGAUGCCCCAAGACGGAGAACAAAUUAAGUCACACAUUUCAAGAUGUGUUGUCUGUGAGGCACCUGCCAACGUCAUUGCCGUACAUAGUCAAAGUAUAGGGCUGCCCGAUUGUCCGGUUGGGUGGAGUAGUCUUUGGAUUGGUUACAGUUUUAUUAUGCAUACAGCUGCCGGUGCAGAGGGUGGCGGACAAUCGUUAUCCAGUCCGGGAUCUUGUUUAGAAGAUUUCAGAACAUCACCGUUUAUCGAAUGUAAUGGCGCACAAGGAACAUGUCAUUACUUUGCAAACAAAUUGAGUUUCUGGUUGGCCACAAUCGAAGAGGAUCAACAAUUCCAAACACCACAAAGGCAAACGCUAAAAGCGGGCAACGUAAGAGACAGAGUAGGCAGAUGUCAAGUUUGUAUGAGAAAUUCAUAAUUCAGGAGCAUCUAAUAUCUGUUUUUAGUAAUAAUAAUACACACAGUAUCACUUCAUUAACUAUAGGUGGUGUACAGUGAUAAAGCUAUUUCAUCUUGCUGUGUUCAAAUAUUGAGUGUUCCUUCACGUUUGUUGGUGCUUAGUAUCCGAUGUGAUAAAGAUUGUUCAGAAGGGUUGCUAGGCAUCACCGACAAUGUAUUUUUUAAAGAAAUAUUGUAUAAAAUUAGCUUUUUAUAUAACUAAUACUGCCGUGCCAUGUCUAUUUACUGUUACAAAUAAAAGCAUGUAAAAAAUGUAAAAUAUAGUGAUAAGUCGUACUACUUACUAUUCACUUUAUCCCCUUUUACAAUUUCAAAAAAAACACUUUUGCCAUAUUAAUAAAUUUAUUAGUAGCUACUAUAACCGACUUCUUAAAAAAAAGUGCUGUUAGUAGCUACCAGUAAUUUCUUUAAUAGGGCACUUUAUUAUUAUUAUUAUUUUAAUUUUUAUGCGGUUACAUUUGUUUGUUUAUAAGUGGUUUAUUCGAAUAAUAAAUAAGGAAAGUAAUUUUUGUAAUAAAUGGUGCUAUAAUAUUCGUAAUUUAAUUUUUAUUUGAUACUUAAGUGGUUUGGUCAAACAAUUUUGGCGUGUAUAAACUUAAAUGUUUCUUUUUCCGUAAAUCAAUUCUUUUCAAAAUUUAUUUCUAGUCAGAAUUUUCUUUCUCUACAGUCAACUUUCAUUUCUUUAUUUAGCCUUAUAUUCGUUUUACAACAAAUCAUUAACAUUUAUAUUAAAACACUGCCAAUGUAAAAUAAAUAGGUCCAGCUUUAAA